AAGCAAGCUAACUUUAGCUGAAAGCUGCCUUCAUAUCACAUCAGAAACUGAUUUUUCUGAAAAAACAACAAACACGGAUGCCGUCACGUGACAAGGAACGAACAGCCAAGUGAGAAAAGUGUGAAUCCGUGACAGUGUCAGUGUCUAAAACCUGACAAGUAAGUCUUGUGUUGAAAUCUUUCAUUUUCUUUAACUUAUUCUGUUUUUUUCUAGAUUUUCAGUUUUUUUGCGUACUUAGUGAUCCCCGCGUAGAAAAUCAAACUCUUUUGUCCAUUCAUUCAGACAGUGUAAACUUUCAUCACCAUAUUUCCCUCUAUUUAUAUCCACUAUCAGACUCUCAGGAGGUCCAACCUCCUUUGUUCCCUGUACCGGACAGAGGUCGUGCACGACUGUUACAUCUCUGUAAGGUUCGGUUAUAAGCUUUAUACUGAAAAGAAUAUACGCAGAUGUAACCCCUUUGUAAUCGCCAACAUUUUGGUUAGUACCUGUUGUAAAAGACAAUUUUUUUUGUUUAAGCUGUGGUAAGUAUAGGAAUGUUUUUCUGAUUAUUUGCGCAACGUAUUGUUUUAGGACUUUCGUGUCAUUUCCUGCACGGAAGUUUUAUUUUGAAAGGACAAGAAUGGAAGAAAAGGGAAAAAACGGCGGUAGAAAAGUGCGGCACAUAAGGACAACACGGACUGCGGAAAGGGACUUUUAAUUUACUGUUUAGCUCCAGUCAGCGCUGGCAACAAGCUCUUAUGUUGGUUUGUGAAAUUAGACUAUUGACAUCCAAAAUAAAACUCAAACCAUCAAUGAAGACUACGUACCUGACUGGAAGCUACACCUGUAAUUUCAUUGUACUGCUAUGCAAUGACAAUAAAGUUAUUCUAUCUGGUUUAUUCUUUUUCAAUUACACAUUUUUGUCAGUAACUGUAAUUGGUUGCAAUUACAUUUAUUUUGUCAUUUAAUUACAAUAGCUAUAUAUUCCCCAACACUGUUAUUAGGCUAUAGAGGUUUUGUAACUGGCCAGAAUCCAAACGAACAAAUUUUCUUUUAUUUAUAUUCUCUUCCUCUGCUCUCUCACUGUGUAGUUCCCCGCUCCUCCUGCCGGUGUCGCUGCAAUCAUUUUGACUUCCACAUUGUUAAGUUCUUUAGGGGGUUAGGGACUUUUAUUUUGACAGCGAUGUCUAAUCCGGACGUAGCGCUAUUUUCUCGGGUCGGGGAUGCUUGAGGUGGCUCACAGACCGAGCAGUGGUCCGGUGUCUGUGGCCGUCAUUUCGUUUAGCUCUAACGCUUUUUUUGUGAUGGGGGUUUGUGCGUGUCCGUCCGGGCGCCUGCUGGUAUGUCUGACACUGCUGGUCUCCGUGGUCCCCCCUCUGAUCGCCUGGGACGCGGAUCUGGAGCUGUUGGACCUGGUGGAGGAGAUCCCGCAGACUUUCUACCAGUUCCUGUCCCUUGAUCAGGACGCCUCAGCAGCAGAGAUAAAGAAGGCAUAUCGUCGUCUGUCUCUCACUCUGCAUCCUGACAAGAACAAAGACGAAAAUGCUGAAACUCAGUUCCGACAGCUCGUUGCCAUUUAUGAGGUCCUGAAGGACGAGGAGAGACGGCGCAGGUACGAUGACAUUCUUGUGAAUGGGCUUCCUGAUUGGAGGCAGCCGGUCUUCUACUACAGACGAGUGAGGAAGAUGAGUAAUGCUGAGCUGGGCUUUCUCCUCUUCCUCAUCCUCACUGUGGGACACUAUGCCGUCAUCUGGUCCAUUUACCUGGAGAAACAGCUGGACGAGCUGCUAAGUAAGAAGAAGAAAGAGAAGAAGAAGAAGCUGAGCUCCAAACCUGCUGAGGAGCUCAGGUGUAUUAGCCAGGACCGGACUGACAGAGUUCAGGAACGACCUCACUGGCAGGACAUCCUCCCUCUGAAGCUCAGCAUCUGGCUUUACCUGUCUGUAAAAAACCUGCCUCAGACCAUCCAGGAGGUGAAGCAGUACUAUGAGGACUACCAGCAGAUGAAGCAGCAGCAGCAGCAGCAGCAGCAAGAAGAUGGUAAAGCUGAACAGGAAGCUAUGACCAGAGAGAAGCGCCCAAAGUUCAAGAAGCCAAAGGUGGAAUUUCCAGUUUAUGAGCCAUCUUCAGAGAUCCUGAAUUAUCAGAGCUAUGACCAGACCACGUCCAUCGAGGAGAUCGAAGACCAGAUGGACAACUGGCUGCAGGACCGCAAGGCUGCCAAGAAGAAGGCUUCAGACUGGACGGAGGACGAGCUCAGCCUCCUGAGCAGGUUGAUGGUUAAAUUUCCAGGAGGAACUCAAGGUCGAUGGGAAAAGAUUGCUCAUGAACUGGGACGAUCAGUGUCUGAUGUCACAACUAAAGUCAAACAGAUAAAAGACAAUGUGAGCCACACUUCGGGUCUGGUGAAGUUGUCUGAGCUGAAGGGCCUGCCUCCUGUGAGGUCACAUCCUGCUGUUAGUGUGAUGACUCAGAACAUGGGUGGGGGCUGUGAGGAGGAGGAGGAGGAGGAAGAGGAAGCAGGUACUGUGGUUCGACGAAGGAACAGGAAGUCUUCAGCAGCAGAUGGGGGGGAGGUGAAGAUCAGAGGUCGUCGGCAGAAAGAUUUCGACCCAGCAGCAGUGGAAGAUGAGGUAGAGCCUCAGGAGAGCAGGGAGAAGGUGGACCCCGCUGCCUGGAGUCAGAGCCAACAGAAACUGUUGGAACUCGCUCUGCAGCAGUAUCCUCGAGGAACCGUUGAACGCUGGGACCGCAUCGCCAAGGUGGUCCCUGGGAAGACCAAGGAGGAGUGUAUGAUUCGUUAUAAGAUGUUGGCAGAGCUUGUUCAGAAGAGGAAACAGGCCAAGAGCUAAUGAAAGGUCCUGACCCCUGACUCCACCUCCUCCUGCUGUGACCCCUGACUUCCUGACAGGUGACCUAUCAGACAGGGGAACAUCCAGGUGACAACCCUGCAGUGUUUUCUCUCUCUGUCCAGGUGAGCUGCCUCCUGAUUGGACUGAGUUUUAGUUUUUUCAUGUGCAUGAGGUGGCAUCUCGCCUGCUCAGGUGUGUUUUUAUAACUGAUGUAUCAAAGGAAGCAGGUAGCUAAUCUGAAGCCACCUGACCUCUGAUGUCACAGCUUCAUGUGCCUUAGCGUUGUUCAGCAUGCUGUCAAUCAACUUCUGUUCAGUCGGUCAAUAAAAAGUAUUUAUUA